AUGAUAAAAUCGGAGUAUGAUCACUCCAAAAGUAUUGAGAGCAAAAAGGAUUAUGAUGUUGAGCAUCAUGAGGAAGCUCAAAAUAAGAAAAGAUUAAUGGGGAAUGGGUAUAAGAACUUGUUCUAUGGUGGUGUAUUAUUGGGUAUAUUGGUCUGGGGUACUGCUUUUUUGUUAUUAACUAUAUCUAGGUUUCAGCAAAACCAAAUAGCCACUUUACGGAUAGAAAAUUACUUAAAAAAGAUUUCACCUCCAUUAUUGAAUAAUGGUAGUGACAAGGAUUCAAACUUGAAUAGACCACUCACAUUUGAUAAUGGUAAUAAGGCCUUAUUGAACUUUUCGGCCGUAAGAGAUGGUAUGUUCAAACCACAUUAUAAGGAACUACAAUGGAUAAGAGAGCCAGAAUCUAUCAAUAAUGACAAGGGUACAUAUGUUUUGAAAGAAGAAAACCAUGACGGUACUAAGUACAUUAUUAAGUCCAUUAUUGAUGACAAUUACCAAUAUACUUUGUACAACGAUUCAUCGUUCCAAUACAACAAAAUUAUAUAUGACAUAGACAGUUUAACGGCGUCGCCAGAUUUGACGAAAGCCAUUCUUAAAACCAACACUACCCAAAAUUGGAGACAUUCGUCAUUUGCAUUAUAUUGGAUCUUGGAUGUGGCUAGUAACAACAUUACGCCAAUAUAUAAAGAAGAUAAUAAACUAUCAAUCACGAGUUGGUCACCCACUUCGAUGCAUGUGGCAUUCGUCUAUGAGCAAAAUAUCUAUAUCAAAUAUCUUUUAGAUGGUACUAUCAAGCAGAUUACAUUUGAUGGAAGCUCUGAUGUUUUUUACGGUAUUCCUGACUGGGUUUACGAGGAAGAAGUUUUUUCUGGUGACAGCGUUUUAUGGUGGUCUCCAAAAGGUGAUAAAUUGUCAUUUUUAAAAACCAAUGAUACGUUGGUUCCAACAUUUUCCAUACCUUACUAUGUUCAAGAGAAUUAUGAUGAUUACCCUGAAUAUAGGCAAAUUAAGUAUCCCAAAGCUGGGUAUGCAAAUCCUAUUGUUGAUCUUGUUGUGUAUGAUUUAAAUUCUGCUAACAAAGAACUGGCUGAUAGUAUCAACACUAUGGAUUUUAAUUUGAGUGAAAUUGACGAAAGGCUUAUUACUGAAGUCAUUUGGGUUUCAGAUAAGUUCUUAUUGGUAAAAGUUAGCAAUAGAGCCAGUGAUAUUUUAGAAAUUUACCUUGUGAGUGCUGAUACCAAUCAAUCUAAGUUGAUAAGAAAGCAAAAAGCUGAAAAUUCAUGGUUUGAAAUCACAUCCAACACAUUGUACGUUCCUAAAAAUCAGUCUUUGGGUCGUCUAAACGAUGGUUACAUUGACACUGUUGUUGUCAAUGGUUACAACCAUUUGGCAUACUUUUCACCUCCUGAAAACCCAAAAGGAAUUGUUUUAACCGAAGGAAAUUGGGAAGUCGUAGACGGUGUGGCUUCGUUCGAUUACAACACGAAUGAAAUAUACUUCAUCAGCACUUCUAAAUCAUCUGUCGAAAGACAUAUAUAUUCUGUGAAUUUAUACGAUGCUAUUGUUGAUCAAGAACAGUUACCCGUUAUUAAAAAUGUCACUGAUAUUUCAAGCGAAGGGUGGUAUUCGGGCUCUUUCUCAUCUGGUUCAAGAUAUUUGCUACUUAAUUACCAAGGUCCAAAGGUACCACACCAAAAAUUAAUUGAUUUACAUAAGCUCGCAGAUGUAAAAACGAUUGAAACUAAUGAAGAAUUGACAAAGAAUUUAAAGAAAUAUCUAAUCCCUGAAAUUAGAUAUAGUGUCGUCAGCUUAGGUUAUGACGACAAAACAGGUGAAGAAAUCAAGGCCAAUGCAGUUGAAACGUUGCCAUUGAACUUCGACCCAAGCUACAAGUAUCCAGUUUUAUUCUUUGUUUAUGGAGGUCCAGGAUCUCAGUUAGUCACUAAAAAUUUUGCAAUCACGUUCAGUUCUGUCGUCGCUGCCGAAUUGGACAGUAUUGUCGUCACAGUUGAUGGAAGAGGUACUGGAUUUAAUUCUUAUAACGAAAAAAUGGGGUCAAAUUUCAAGUUUGUUGUCAGAGAUAAAUUGGGCCAUUAUGAACCUUUGGACCAAAUAGCUGCGGCUAAACUCUGGAGCCAAAAGCCUUACGUUGAUCGUCUGCGCAUUGGUAUCUGGGGUUGGUCCUACGGGGGUUUCCUUACCCUAAAAACCCUUGAAACUGAUUCAGAGGAUCAUAUCUUUUCGUAUGGUGCUGCUGUCGCCCCAGUAACAAAGUGGAAGCUUUACGACUCUAUAUAUACCGAAAGGUACAUGAGAAAACCCCAGGAUAACCAAGAGGGUUAUCAGAUUGCGUCCAUACACAACGUCACAAACUUUGCUAACGUAGAUCGGUUCCUUAUUAUGCACGGUUCUGGUGAUGACAACGUCCAUUUUCAAAAUUCUUUGAAACUUAUCGAUGAAUUCAAUUUGGGAUCAGUUGAAAAUUUUGAUUUCAUGGUAUUUCCUGACUCUGACCAUUCAAUAAGAUAUCACAACGGAAAUAUUGUUGUCUAUGACAGACUUCUAGAAUGGUUAAAGAAGGCCUUUAAUGGUCAUUUUACAAGAAUAUAG